AUGGAUGACUUCGAUAUAUACGAGAAUAUUAUAACGCCCGGUGAAAAUGAAUCGCAGCUCAUUGCUCGAGAGCAGUUCGAGCAAGUGUGUGCGGAGAGGGAUUUAGCCAAGCAAGAAACCGAGAAAUGGAAGCAAGAAUGCGAAAAUUUUUCCAGAAACAUCAAGUCUCUGCUGACGACUGCGAGAGAAGAAUCCCGGCGAAAAGAUGCCUUACUUCGUGACCUUCAGAAUAAAUACGAUACGCUCUUGUUCCGUCGUGGAUUUGGACCUCCCAGCCUACAUACUGAAGUGCGUCGAAACUGCGAGCCUGGAAGUAGUACGCAAAGUCAUGCUGAGGUCAAAAGGCAGUAUGCAGACACGAGAAGAGAAACGGUCAACGAAUUUGACGCAGUCAAAAUUUCGCACCGUCCUUCAUUGCCUUCAUUGCCAGAGAAACAAUCUUCCGUGGAUAUUAUUAAGCAGGAAGAAAAGGAAACGAGCGAAUCUCCAGAAAACCACGUAUUGACAACAGAAGGGUCUCCGUGUACAAAAAAUGUGACCCCGAACCGUGAACGGAAACCGAAAGUAUCUACCGCGGACCGAUUGUCAAGCAGCGUUUGUAAAAAUGAACUCACUCCGACAAUGCUUCGAGAAACGAGUGUCAGGUCAAACGAGAUUCAAAAUGCGGCUACUCCAACCUGUAAGAAGAAGGAGGAUACGAUUGUAAAUGCGAUAACUCCUCGCGAUCUCACUAGAACCGUGUAUGAAAACGCAUCUCCUGUGAAUCCUCCGUGCUCCUCUUCUGCACUGAGGAAUCAAGCCAUCCUCGAAAAGUUAAAUUCUGCCUCCAAGCGUAUGGUGAACGUUCGGAAAGAACGCGCCGAACUCAAUACGAGUACGUCGUUCCCUCUCGAUGAAAUUCUUUCUAACCAAGAAAAGCUCAUUUCUACGAGCUCUUCCAAACGCAAAAGCGCAAUAACACAGAACGAUUCAUGGGAUACAGUGGACAAUGUCGGCAAUCUUGGAACUGCCUUGGAGAUUGAAAUGAGUGAGGGUGAAAUCGAGCGUGAAUCGUGCGAUUCAUCACCAGAAAUACCCAAAAAAUGCAGAAUGACUACGGAUUCCCACAAGCGGUUGAGGAGUACCCGUGAAGACCGCCGUGCAAAUUUUCAGCUUCGAGAUGCGAGGGAAACCAGCCCCAACGAUGAGAGAUUGGAGAAAAAUAAAAGUUUUCUGAAUGAUCGUUCCAAACCUGUAUUCGGUCAUCCAAGAAAUCGACAUUUCAAGGAUAAUAAGGAUCCUUACCGGAAAAUUGAUUGCAGGAGACAAAGUCGCAAUCAGUAUCGUCCGAAUGUGCUUCACGAAGAGUUUCGUCAUCCUUCGUCCGAUCAAUCGGAGCUGCCGAGCGUGCAUGCGCGAAAAAGUCGAGCAGCGAAGCAAGAAAAUCAUUCGAAGAUGCCGCAAACCGAAUCUCGACCACAAUUAAAGAUUUCCCAUCAGCAUGCCCUACGAAGCCGAGAAAAAAAACCAAACAAUGAUUUGAAAAUUUCGCCCCGUAUUCAAGCUUCGAAAUGCGAGCAUGAGACAGAACAAACUUCGGGUAUGAAGAGCGAGAUAAAAAAAUCCCCGAAAAAGCGACGACGACAAGAACCCCGGUCUCGAGGAGUUGCUAGGCGUUCCCGGUCCAAAGUCCAGAAUGUAACCGGGGAAUUUUCAGACACAGACAGCCUUUUUGAAGUUCAUCCUUCGUUGCUCGAGCCGCCGUCCCCGUUCCCGCUUGAUAAACGCGCUUCAUUGCCGGAAGCCUCCUGCAGCAUCGGAAGUCGUCGUUCAGUGUCUCCCGAAGCUUGUCCAAUUCCUGACGUUAAUGAAGUAAAAUUGAGUACGCGGAAAUCUGCUGAUGCGAAGUCGUGUUCACUAAGUUCACCUGUGCAGGACGAGUUUGCUGCUCGUGAAAAUAUUCCGCCCAAAUCAGAUGUAUCGAAUUCUUCGCUUCGAACCUCAUUUGAAGGUUCUCUUCAGGCUAAUGCCGCAACAGGAAUCGAGAAGUCCGUUUCUGAUACCGAAAAGCGCGUGUCUGUGCAAGAUUCCGUUCGACAAACUCUUGCACCUGUCGUGAAUGAUUCUAAACUUACUGAAAAUUCCAUAUGCGCGAUUUCGUCUGAAGAGUCUGGGAAAGAUCUCUCCGAAAGGGCUUUUAAAAAAGGUCGUGGUGGUCUUGAGAACGUCAGUGAAAGAGGACGGGUUCCGGUCAUUCGCCCUGAACCUUUCGGAAGUGAUCGACAACUUCUGGAUACUCAAGAUAAAACUUCCGAAGUGAGAGUACACGUUCGAGAAAGUAUCCCUGAAAUUAGUUUAGGCGUUUCUCAGAAGGUUGCUAAAUUGUCAGCGAAUGUUGAGGAUCCCCGGCAAGAUAUCCUGAACACUACAUCUCACGUUGACAAAAACGAUUCGUCGAGUAGUUUACGUACUCUCCGCGUGGUUAAAAACGGCGAAGAUGCUUCUUUCGCGUUUUCGGCGGAAGUUGAGGUGGGAAAACGGAAGAGCAGCGAACGAACAAUUACAGGAUCUAAGCGAAAGGAAACGACAUCUGCCGCGCAGAAGGACGGGAACGUUUCAUGUGCCAAAAAUUUGUUCUGUUCUUCUACGACAACGAAGGACAUUUUGAACAAGUCUAGCGGCUCAAAGUCGACGGAGAGACAUAAGUCUUCCGACCUGAAUUCUGGUGAGGUUGGAAUUGGUAUCACAGCCAUGACGAUGGGAGACUCUGCUCCGAUUUCUGCGCCAGUCCGCGUUGAUAUCAACAAAGCCGUGGAUAGGAGCACAGAGAAACCGCAAGAAGGAUUGUCCGGAAGUCGGCGAUCCCGGAAACGGUCACGCAGAAGUUUAAAUCUUUCUUCUUCUGCAGUGAUGGUUAUCGGCAUUUCUAGCGACGAACCUUUGGUUUCCUCCCUAAUUUACCUUCAGUUUUCCAUUCUGAUGUGCUUUUAUUUUCUGGAAGUGCAGGUACUGCAUGUGAGAAUGAAAACGCGAAUCUCAGUGUCCGCAUUGCUUCUAUUCUUGGUCGUUCGAAAAACUGCGGCAGCAACGCUGUUCAUGUCUUCGAACUCUCCAACUGUGAAAGGUUCACAAUGCGGAUUUUCUGCGAAGAUCGAUGAUCCGAAGCAUUCCGAUGGACAAGCAUACACUUACAGUUGGUCCGAUGAUUAUCGUGAAAGUCACAGUUUGGUUGAAACGAAAACCGAUUUGUCAUCGUCGGUGACUUUCGAUUAUCAGAAACCGGGCGUCUACAAAAUGUUUCUGAAGGUGACGACGACGACUUUCAAAAUUUUCCCCGUCGAAAUUGCCAGUGGAAGCAUCGAAUUUCAAGUAACUGAGUAUCUGAAUGGUCGUGUGGUGGCAAUUCAAAAUGGCACGGAGCUGACGAAGGAUUCUGUGUCAAACUUGUAUCUCGGGUCAAGCAAAGUGCCGACAACUUUCGUUGUGCAGCUGCACGAUCCGUACGACUUGAUUGGGAAAGCCAGUAUGACAUCCUUUCUUUGGGAUGUGAAUGACGUCGUGCAAAACACGACCGUCAAUGGAAACUAUACUCAAAAUUUGACGUCUAUCGGGCAAGUGAAAUUGAGAGUGACUGUAACGGCGUAUUUCAACCAGCCCACAACUACGACAUCUACAACCACUUCUACAACGACCAUCGCAACAACAACUGCUCCAACAACUACCACACCUAAAACCGAUACCAAUGCAACUACUGUCCCUCCAAAAAAUUUCACAUCAGCUUUGGCAGCGAGAAGCAAACGCGGGAUUUUGCAGUCCGUCGAAUCCUUGCUGGUACCAUCGAAACAACGCGCAGAAUUUGACGACAGCAGGCCAUUUUUUCUUCAAGGAGUUUUCGAAACGGAUGUGGAUAUCUCUGAUCCGAUUGAUGCCCUCAACAUCACUGGAAAUACCUGGUUGCCGAGAGGUACUUUGCUAAGAUUGAAUGUGUCGUGCGCGGGUACGGGACCAUGGAAACGAUGCUGGUUGCCGAAAACAGGCAGCUACAACGUGACAAACAAGGAAACCUGUUUGAUGCCCGUAACACAGUACGUGUGCGACUUUGGCGUUGUGCAUUACUUUCCCACGCAUGGGGUUUAUACGAUGGUGCUUGUAAUGGAGAAUUCUGUGAGCAAGAUAGUCAAGGCUAUUGCCGUCAACGUCUAUGAUGUUGCGAGUGAGCCUCAGCUGUCGACAAUCAUAGUCCCGGUGCUUUGCAGCGUUUUGGCGAUGGUAUUCGUUAUUUUCGGGGUGGCCUACUACUUCCAGAACAGAAGUCAGUUUCUCGUAGAAACUGCGGACUUUGAUUUCCAGUCAGAUGGUACGAACGACGACGAAGUAGUACCCAGUACCUUCUGGGAGCGAGUUUGUGGUGAAUUCAAGGCAUUGUAUCUCAGCCCACCGGAUGAAGAUAUGAUACGGCCGUCCACCUUUGGGCGCCGCGGCCGGAACCCGGUGAGUGACUACGGAAGUUUGGCAACCUGAGAAAUUGAGUGAUCCGAAACUGAGCCAGUGGAUCGGUGAAGAAAGUGUUGACACCGUCUAAGAUUCCCCUUUGAAUCCUGAUAACCGACGAUGUGAUCCGAGUUUUCCGGCGCACAUGCAACAGAAGAAUGAAACCUGGUGUUCAAGUGCAGCGUCGUAGAGCACGAUUGGAUUGAAAUAUUCGAUCGAAGUUCUACCGUUUGACAUUUUUAUCUAUGAUCGUGCUUCUGAAGUAUUGAGUUGAGGCUGAUUUCAUAGAAAUUUAGUUUUGAUGUUGGUCGAACCUCAUGU